CUGUCGAUCAUAACCCUUCGGCGUAGCUUUCCUGGCUCUGACAGCUGUCACCGUACGCCGAGGUCAAGGGGAAAGAAGUAUGGCUUCGCUGUUCAGAGGGUCUCGAUAUAUAUGGUUAAGGUGGAAUAAGCAUGUCGACGUUGCCUUCGUAUCAACACGAUCAAUGGCCUCAAAGACACCAGUGGGAUUUAUUGGUCUGGGAAACAUGGGCAGUCCCAUGGCCAAAAACCUGUUAAAAAAUGGGUAUCCUGUCAUUGCUACCGAUGUCUUUCCUCAGUCUUGCAAGGAGCUGCAGGACACUGGUGCCCAGGUAGUGGACUCCCCAGCAGACGUUGCAGAGAAAGCAGACCGCAUCAUCACCAUGCUACCCUCUAGUCCCAACGUCAUAGAAGUAUACACAGGCCCAAAUGGCAUCCUCAAGAAGGUAAAGAAGGGGACCUUGUUAAUUGACUCCUCCACGAUUGAUCCUGCUGUGUCUAGAGAAAUGGCAGUUGCUGCAGAGAAGAAGGGUGCUGUGUUCAUGGAUGCCCCAGUGUCAGGAGGUGUUGGAGCUGCCAGCAUGGCCAAACUCACCUUCAUGGUAGGCGGAGUGGUUGAGGAAUACAACGCAGCGAAGGAGUUGCUCACCUGCAUGGGAGCAAAUGUUAUUUACUGCGGACAGGUCGGCACUGGACAGGCAGCUAAAAUCUGCAACAAUAUGCUGCUGGCAAUUGGGAUGAUUGGGACCGCAGAGACCAUGAACCUUGGUAUCAGACUGGGUUUGGAUCCCAAGCUGUUGGCAAAAAUCCUAAAUAUGUCCUCAGGUCGUUGCUGGUCCAGCGACACGUACAACCCUGUCCCUGGAGUAAUGGAGGGAGUUCCCUCUGCCAACAACUACCAGGGUGGCUUUGGAACCACACUAAUGGCAAAGGAUCUUGGUUUGGCGCAAAACACUGCCACCAACACUAAGACACCCAUCCCUCUGGGUUCCCUCGCUCACCAGAUCUACCGAGUCAUGUGCUCUCGCGGCUACGCUAAUAAGGAUUUCUCAUCCGUGUUCCAGUUUCUGCGUGAGGAGGAAGGACAAUGAAUGGAAGGGGAGCACACUGACUCUGCUGUUACAAUACACAAAUACACAGAAACGCACAUCAGAUCUGCACACACCCCUGUGCCCCUUAUCCCAGUAUGCUCAGGAGAUGCUAAGGCCUUGCAGUCGAGCACAGACCUGCUCCCCAGUUUUCAUACCAUUUCGACCCAUGUCCCCUCAUUACGUUAGCUAAAUCAUAUUUUCACUUUAUGCUCCUCUGUCUAUAUGGAGGAAAUCAUAAAACUGACUCUGAUCAGGCUUACAUGUAACAGUGAAAAAUAUAUGUGGUUUUCAGGGUAAUAAGUAAUAACUGAAUUAAUGUAAAAGCAUGAUUAUGUUCUUUUUGGUUUUGUUUUAUGGGGAUUUGUGCUGUUUGACUGUUACCCUAUUACCCAAGUUACCUCAGCCUGUUUAUAUUAAACUAUAAAGGUCAGGAAAAAAAUGGUAUGGAUUCACAUAAUAAUUGAAAUUUAAUCUAAGAGCGUGAAGAGGUUACUUCAUACUUACAAUACCCACAUACCAGCACUACAUUUAAGGUUACAAAAAUAAGCCACACUUUUUGCUCAACGUUUACUGAGUUUGUUACUUUUUUGUUUGUUUUUUGACAUUUUAUUUCUCCUUUCAUUAUUCAGUACUGCAUUUAAUUCAUUUUUUUACCUCAUGAGUACACUAAAGUUGCAGUAAAUCUUCUUCUCUGGUACACCAUUCAAGUAUUUACUCACUUUAUCGACCAGUUCUGCUCUACUAUACUGUGAGAUAAAUAUCUGGUUAUUUUUGCACCACGUGCGUCGCAGUGCGAUGUGCUGGGCUGUUUUGAUACAGUCACAGAAUCUCUUUAAUGUUACUGCUUUUCUCUAUCUGCUUAUUGAGCCACUGAAGUAUUAUUUUUGUGACCAGUGCUGUUAAAACUUUUUCUAAUCACUGCAAAAUGUUCUGUCAAGUCCAUAUUUCUCCUCUCUCUCUCUCCCUCUAUGCGUGUAUGACAAUCUGUGUAAAGUCAGAGAGGAAUGAUUCGUCCUGCUCUGUGCAUAUUUCAUAUUGUUGUGUAGCACUGAAGAGGAAUCUGAAUGGACUGCCAUUUUUUGUAGUAAAAUUCAUUACAAGUCUACAGUUUGUCUUUGCACUGUGAAACAGAUCCAGUCACACUGUAGCGUAAAAUAAAAGCUGUUCCAUGUAUUAA